CCUCAGACUCAUCUCAAAGACCCCAACAUGUAUUGGGAUUAUUUGGGAUCCCAUCCAGAAUCACUUUAUGAAUUUGUGAGGGUCUUCACUGACCUAGGAACUCCUGAUGGUUUUGUCAAUAUGGAUGCAUGGGCAGGACAUUCUUAUCAAUGGGUAUAUGUCAAGAUUGUGGCUAUAAGUCAACAAGGUGUUCAUAACUUAACAGCCUCCGCUGCCACACACAUCCCGGGCACAAAUCCUGAUUAUGCAACCCAGGAUCUAUACCAAUGUAUUGAUCAGGGUCAGUUUCCAUUGUGGAAACUUUUGGCACAAGUUUUGACUCCAGCUGAGGCUGAAAAAUUCAAAUACAAUGUUCUUGAUGUGACAAAGGAAUGGCCCAUUGAUAUGGUUCCGCCACAUGAGAUUGGAGAAUUUGUUCUCAAUCAAAAUCCAGAAAUCUAUUUUGCAGAGGUGAGUUAG